ACUUUAAAUAACUCAGAUCAAAACAGACCAGCAAGCCGACCGUAGUGCGUGCUGCAUUGCUCGAGUGGAUUACUUUCUCGUACUUGGAUACUUGUACUUCGCCAAACUCUCUGUGCAAUCAUGUUGGGGCGCAAACUUGGAUUUAGCGGUGUCUUCGCGUGCACUGGCAGUCAGCCACAUUGUGAAAAGCAGGAAAAAGGCAAAGAGAGAUCCAGUCUGGAAAAAGACUACGCUGUCAAUCAAGUUCUUGGAAGUGGAGGCUUUGGUACUGUCUACUCUGGAGUCAGGAGGCGAGAUAAUUUGCCUGUGGCCAUUAAACACAUCUCAAAAGACAAAGUAACAGAUUGGGGACAGAUAAAUGGACAUGAUGUGCCAUUAGAAGUCUGUCUCCUGCGGAAGGUACAGAAUGUUCCUGGCGUCAUCAAGCUGUUGGAUACAUUCGAACGCGCCGACUCCUUCAUUCUGGUCAUGGAACGGCCAGACCCAGUCCGUGACCUCUUCGACUUCAUCACGGAGAAAGGCGCUUUGGACGAAGAGACGGCGCGUGACUUCUUCCGUCAGAUCGUCAGCAUCGUGCAGGUGGUCCAGCGCUGCGGCGUACUCCACCGCGACAUCAAGGACGAAAACAUUCUGGUGGACCUCAAAACUGGACAGUUGAAACUCAUCGACUUCGGCUCAGGCGCUUUCCUGAAGGAUACCGUCUAUGUGGAUUUUGAUGGGACACGUGUUUAUAGUCCCCCAGAGUGGAUCAAGUGCCAUCGAUAUUAUGGGAGGCCAGCAACAGUGUGGUCUCUGGGAAUUUUGCUGUUUGACAUGGUGUGUGGUGACAUUCCUUUUGAACAAGACCAGCAGAUCAUUCGUGGUGAACUCAACUUCAAGGGCCGUCUUAGUGCAGAGGUAAAAGACCUGAUCAGAAAAUGCCUGACCUUGCGGCCAUCCGACAGACCUUCUCUGGAAGAUAUCAUUGAGCACCCAUGGAUGCGCGCUGGCAUUCCCAUCCCAGGCAGCACAGACAAACGCCAGGACAUGACCAAUGGCAGCAAUCUGGACUCCGCAUCAUUGUCCAGCCAAGAAAGUAUAUGACAAGGUUGGCUGCAUCGGACUACUGCCAGCUACCCCAAAGAACUGUGGUUGGUAGUAGCCAGAGUUUAUGGAUACAUCAGUUUUCUGUGCCUGCCCUGCAGCAACCAAAAAAAGCAGACUGGUUGUAAAGGUUUGCAAUGAACCUUCCAGAUCUUUGCAGGGAUCUCCACUACACCAUGGACCGACCAACUGUAAGCAGGCCAAGUCAUAGGUGUGGGCAUCAAACCAAAACACAGAUGCAUUGUCAGCUGCCCAAGUGUGCUUUCUGGACUUGCAAGAACUUUUAUGGGGUCUUCAUCAACUGCCCUUUUAUCCUUUUUUUUUUUUUUUUGUUCCAUGCCUCUAUUCACCUUGCGGUUGCAGAGGCAUACAGCCAUCAGACUGUCCUUAAAAAUAGGCUGCGAGUGCCUAUUUACAAACGCAUUCCCCCAUGAGGAAGUGAGGAGCUGAUUUGUCUGGUGUCUUGUUUUCAUCAUGACUGUUGGAGCAUUUGCAGAUGACUGUAAGGGCUUUCACUAAACACAUGCCUGUAAAAUGUCUGUUGGGCAAUUACAUUUGCUUUGUAACUUGUGGCUCGGAAAAAAAUGGAAACUGUAGGGGGUCAACUGUGGGCAUUGUGACUUGCAUAUGUGAACAGUGCAAAGGGACGUUUUGGACACCAUGUGUUAUCUAUAAAAUGACAAAACCAUACCAGUACAUAUAAAAAGCAUACCAGUACAUACCAUCUUUCAGGCCCUUUUCCAGCCUGCUGUGACAAAAAUGCCAGCGAAACCUGUCAUAAAGAAGCUGAUCUUUCUACUGCCAUAUCAAUGCAAAUGUCCGACUCUUUUUCAUCUCUGAACAAGGAAGUUGGCAAACUUUGAAGGGGUUGUGAAGGAAACAAGGAGACUGGUUAUGGUUGGAGUUAAAAUAUUCUCCAAGCCAUUUUCAUUGUAUGUUUCAGAAACUUUGUGCAAAAGCAGAAUCCCCUCAAAGUUAACUCAUUAAAAAAAAAAUUCAAGGCAGCACUUAAUAUAUGCAAAAUUGAAAAAUUGUUCCAUGGAUAGACAUUGUAAGUCAUCGAGUUAGUUCUGAGAGAGUGUGGGGGCUUGGGGUUGGGGGUGGUGGUGAGAUUGUGUGUAAGUGUUUGCAGUGGCAUGUAGAACUACACCGGUGCAAUCCAUACGUGGGUUUUAUGUUUUUUCUACCUCAGGACUCUUUAUGUUUACCUGGUUGUUUGCCAGUGUGUUACCAGGUUGACUGUAACUUAAUAGUGUUGCUGUGCAGUAAAAUUGGAGAUGUGGUCAAGAUGAUGUGAUAGAUGAGGAAAACGGGCCACGUUUGAUUGCGUUAUGUUUGAGAGAAAUUGGCCAAAUGUAACUUUUUUGGUUGUGCGUGUGGUUUUGGAGGAAGAGGUGAGGGUAUGUGGGUGUCAGGGUGUAAAGUAGCUGUAGCUUUAGAGGCAGAGCAGUGGUUAACUGGGCAUCAUGCAUUGGCGAUGUAUUUAGCUGCCAUGAUGAAUGGCGAAAAGAUUGAACUUUGAACCAGAUAAUGUCAGUAUAGAAUAGAUUGGCAUUAGUACACAUGACAACGUACUUGAAAAUUAUGAUGAACCUUGUUUUUUUCAGGUUGAAUGUCAGCUUUAUUUCUUUCCUUGCUGUUGGUUGUUUUUUUGUUUAAUCAUUUUUUCUUGCUGUUGGCCGUAUACAUCAAGUAAUCGGUUGUAAAGAACCUCGCCUUGUUCCACCCUGGAUAAAACUCUCCCUGGCAUCGUGCUCCCCUACUCCCCCACUCCCCAAACUCUUCGCUGAAUCCCUCACUACCCAAGAAGCUCUUGUGUGUAGCUCACUUCGCACCCUAGAAGUUUCAGGUUGGCUAUUUAUGUGGUACCAUCUUCAUUGUAAACAACAUCAUUAAUUUAAUUUGAGCUGUUAACGCCAUUUCACCUCGGAUUCCUUUGUUCCUUUGAACCUCAUUCCCCUUUCCUCCCCCAUCCCCCCAGUGUAAAUAGAUGAUAUUAUCAUCAUCAUCCCACGGUGUUGUGGAUCAUUCAGUUUCAUCAGACAACCCAUAAUAUACUUGUGUUCCAUCAACAACCAUUUAAUACGUGUACAUACAUCUCAUUUUGUGCUAAUUUAUUGUGCGUGUGUCUGGGGAAGGGCAAGAGAGAUGUGACCAAAUCGCAGACUUCUCUUGUUCGCUGGCAGAAAAGUGGCUGCACUGUUUGAGGUGUGAACUGAAUGUUUUAUUUGUGUAAAUAUGUGUAUUUUUGAAGAAAUUGGUUGAGAAGAGAAAUAAAAUGAAAAUGAUUAAAUUAUGAA